GGAACAGCAGGGGCGGUCCUAACCUGUCCACUCGAAGUUUUGAAAACUCGUCUGCAAUCAUCUCGUCUCUCCCUGCUAACAGAUCGAAGUCACCUCACAGCUGCAGCAGACCACCAGAACCCACAGCUGCUACGAAACAAUUCUCACAAGCUCUCGUUAUCAUCCUUGCCAUCUUCAUGUACGUGCAAGACUAACAACAGCAGCAGUAGGAUUAAUGAUGCUUGUCGAAGAUUGUUCGUAACAACGAGGGGGUCCACCUCUGCUGCUGGCGGCGGGAAUGUCCUGAUAGCAGAGCAGACGACAGGAAACAUCAUAGUAUCAGAGGGUGCUGGUGCCCUGUUUAAAGGUUUGCUUCCUAACCUCAUCGGGGUGGCCCCUUCCAGGGCCAUCUACUUCGCUGCAUACGCGCAGGCGAAGGUCUUCCUGAACAACUCCCAACUUCUCAAUCCUGAUACUCCUAUAGUCCAUCUUUUCGCAGCUGCUGUCGCAGGUUCCUCGUCAGCAACGUGCACCAACCCACUCUGGGUAGUGAAGACCAGAAUGCAGUUGAAUCAUACACAUUCACACACAUCCAGGAACAAAGUGUCGACGCUAACAUGUGCCAAAAACAUCUACCGAACUGGUGGCAUUCGUGCAUUCUACAAGGGCAUCACCGCCUCCUACUACGGCUUGGCGGAGACAGCCAUCCAUCUGGUGGUCUACGAAGAGAUCAAGAGGAUGAUCUCAGCUUCCAGACGAUUAACACUUCGAGAAGUUGACUUCGAUCCUUUCCGAUUGUUCGUUGAGUACAUGGGUGCUGGUGCUAUUUCCAAGACCAUCGCUACAACCAUCGCCUACCCACAUGAGGUGGCUCGCACACGUCUCAGAGAGGAAGGGGACAAGUACAAAAAGUUCUGGCAAACCCUCGGCCAGGUGCAGAAGGAGGAAGGAUUUCGUGGCCUGUACAGGGGCCUAGGGGUGCAGAUGGUUCGACAAAUCCCCAAUACCGCGAUCAUGAUGGCAACCUACGAAGCAGUUGUCUACUUUUUCACUAAUUAA